AACCAAUUAAAAAACCAGUCGCUGUCUUGGAAUAUGAUCAUAUUUUACAUUUCAACUAUGCUAUUGAAUUUUUUGCAAUUAAUGAAAAUAUUACCUGCCCUGUUAAAAAUUGCCAAAAUCGAAUUAAAAAUAUAGAAGCAGUUGAAAAGGAUAUCAGUGAUCUUGCAGAAGCUUUAAAACCUGGAAAUACUCCUAAAGGAUUUCUCCUUUUAUACGUAAAUAUAGAUCAAGCUAAAGAAUUACUUGCUCGCUCAGAGAGAAAUGUGGUUCAUGCAAAAAAAGAAAUUAUCUUGUCUUAUUAUCAGUUCGGGAAAGCAGAUGCAGAAAAACUUAAAGAGUUACUAAAGAUAUCGAUCCCUCUAUGUACGGCACAGAGUAAGAUAGUUGCUGAAGUUAAGAAAUUACUCCCUAGUAGUACUUCUGUUAAUGUUAUAAAGAGAAGAAUUGCUACAGCUCGAAAGAUUUAUAAUAUCUUCAGCACAAUUGGUGAGGAUAAGAUCUAA